AUGGCAGUACAUCGUGGCAUUCAAUCGGCAAUAUUCUACUACCUUUCCUGCGCUCCCUGUGCAGAUGCUCGUGUCAAGAAGAGGAGGAAGCGAGAGGCCGCAGAGUCUCGAAGGGACCGGCUCGCUCUUGAGCAGGAUGAGAAGAACGUAUACGUUCACCCCGGCGAGGCAUCUACCACCAACCCAAAUUGGCAAAGUGAAAUCGAACUGGGACCUCACGGACGUCGCAAGAAGAAGACUGGUAACAGCAGUCAGCGCGGUCUGGCUCCAAGCCGGACCAGUAACAAUGGAAGCACGAAGACGAGUUCGGUAGAUCUCCCGCAAAGGUUGGGCAGUCAAGAUAGCAGAUGGAACCACAGGGUGUAUCAGCGGGAGGACGAGGAGUUGUGGGGCUCGUCAAGCAAUAUGGGUGCAUCGCUCUAUGCAGGAAGCCUGAGACGGCCGGAAAGGGCGAAGACUGCAGACUCUUCGAGAUCGAACGGCUCCAGCUACUAUGCUUCUCGCAAUCCACCAGUGAACGACAUGCACCCUGCUACCGUUACCAAGAUCGCAUCAAGAGAGGAGGUGAUGUGGAUGAUGCAGCCACUUCCAGUGGCAGAAGUCAUGAACGGGAAAGAGCGUGCGCCUAGAAGUCGGAGCGAUAGUGGAGGCAGCCGGAUGAGCCCUAGCAGACGUCCAAGCUCGGAAUCGAGAUCCCGGUCUGACAACGAGAACAACGUCCCAACACCGCAUCAAAGCAGUGAUGGCAGCACGCAUGAUCCAUUUGUGCAGCGCUCGACCAUAGCAGUGCCAGACAAAGCGGUCACCACGAAGCCCGGAGGAAUGACGCAAGGAAGGACUUUCGUGGCUCGUCACAUUCAUGAGGACAGCGAGCAUCUGGCGUUGGAGGUUCUGAGUCUCUGUGCACAUCUGGAGCGGUGGAGUGUUUCCAGCACGGCGUUCACGAGAAAGCACAACGGCAGGCCGGUUGUGAUUGCAUUAGGAAGUUCGUAUAUGGAAGUGGCUCAGACAGCACGCACCAUGAAGCAGCGCGUACAGCGCAACUCACUUCUGGAACUUGCAACAUCAAAACAUCGUAGCGCAAACAACAGUCGCUGUCUGUCUACAACGCAUCAAGCAUCAAGCAUCGCAAUGUCGUACCUGCCAAGGACUCCAAGCGACCGCCCUUCGACCAAACCACUCAAGAGCAUCCUCAAGAAGUCACCUCAGCUGCCUAUCGAAGAGAGCGGCAAUGGCAAAGCAAAGCCAUACAGCUGGACGGGCUACAAAGGCAAAGCUGACAUCGAGGCGCGGCUCAUGGCCAACAGAGCGAGGCAGCAAACUGAGCAAGGCACCGCUCUAGCUAUGGAAGGAGCACAGCUCGACGAUGCGCAGUCGACUUUCGCAUCUGAAUCGCCAGUCCUGGGACAAGUUUGCGCCUUUGGCCAUCAAGCGCCUGUCAAUCCGACCAGGACUCGAUGCUGCGGAAAUGUCUACUGCUUUGACUGCGUCGUCCAACAUGCCUCGCAGAAGGGGGCAAAUUGUCCAAAUUGUGGCCGGCUUAUCAAUCCACACGAUCUGUUGGUCGUCGAGGACGCGGAUGCGUCGAUUGGUUCGCCACGCCGCUCGGAAAGAAUCGAUUCAGCAGAGCCUACAGAUCGAAUGGCUGGCUAUCCAAAGCUACCGACGUUCUCGGAAACGAACAGAUAUCCGAAUCUGUCAGCGUAUGGUCAUCAGGAGACGUCGAGCGCUACUACGCCGAGUGGGUCGGAGAAAUGGUUCGGCGCUCGCUGA